AUGGCUCAAGCACCACCCACACCACCUCCCAUGAGCGCGACAGAGCUUCGUGAUGAAGCUCGAGACUCCAUUGCCUCCUCGGCGGAAUCCUUGCACGCCACCACAUCAUCCAACAGCCCAGGCCGCAGCGUGGAAAUCGCCCCUCAGCUCCCCGCUGCCCAAGAUAUAUAUCAACAAGUUUUCCCCCAGCUAUCUGAUCUGGCCGAGCAAAGGAACUUCAUUGGCAUCAUUAACAUCGCUGAACUCCACGACUUGAACGGUUCUAAUGACAAAAGUUUCACCAGAUUGCUUUUGAUUGCCCCCUUAGUUCUGGCUUAUAUGGUGAUGGACGACUUGACACCCGCUCAGCAUGCCCUUGCACGUCUACCUGAUAAUGUCUCCUUGCAUCCCCUGUCGCACGCACUUGCUGCGCUCUUGGCGUCCGCUUUAGAACGAAAGUAUGAAAACACUUACUCGCGAGCCCAAGAGCUGUUCCAGAUGUCGCAGCAAAGCGACUUUCCUGAUCCAAGGCUGGGAAAAACUGUUGCUCUACUGGUUAACAGCUUCCUCGAUGCAUUCCGUAGGAAAACGUUCGCGCUUGCUUCGCGAGCGUUUGCAUGCCUCCAUGUCACGGAAGCUCAGAAAUUACUUGGGCUGGGACGGCAGGAGGUGCUUUCAAUUGCGAACAACAACCACUGGCAGUUCGACGGCGCCAGUGGUGUAUUGCGACCCCCGAAUGCUUCUCUACCUGCUCUCAUUGCUACAAAACCUGUACCGCCAUCCUCCGUGAUGACUUUCGAUCUCGUUGUGAACGGUGUUACAACCUCAGAAGUAUAUUAA